AUGAACACCGCACUCACUGCCACCAGCCACCUCUCUAUUCAAAACUCCACAAGUGGAAUUCCCUGUAUCGGGUUCGGCAGCUACAAAAUCCGCGGCCAGACGUGCGCAGCCGCCGUGCUUGCAGCGCUUUCCGCAGGGUAUAGACACAUAGACUCAGCGGCUCUGUACCGGAACGAAGUACGUGUCCGUGAAUCAAUUGAACAAUCCGGCUUGGCUCGCCAAGAUUUGUUUCUUACUACAAAGGUGGGAAGCCCGAGAAGGAAGACGGAAAGGAUCGAGGUCUAUGAAGACGUUCUCGAGGCAGUGGAGCGUAUUGCUGGAAAGGAUGGCUACGUUGACUUAUUACUGAUGCAUGUCCCUGGAACAUCACGAGAACAUCGACAAAGCUUGUGGGGAGCUAUGGAGAGAGUAAAAAGAGAGGCAAGAGCACGACAUAUUGGUGUUAGUAAUUUUCGAGUACGGCAUCUUCAGGAAAUGAAGGAAUAUGCUACCGAGUGGCCUCCAAGUGUGAAUCAAAUCGAACUUCAUCCAUGGUGUCAACAAAAAGAAGUUGUAAAGUACUGUCAAGACAAUGGUAUCAUCAUCGAGGCAUAUAGCCCGCUUGCUACUGGUGCCCGGCUGGACGAUCCAGUAGUUGGAAGCGUCUCUACAAAGCAUGAUAAGUCGCAUGCUCAGAUUCUUAUUCGUUAUUCACUACAAAAGGGUUGGAUCCCGUUACCCAAGAGCUCGAGGCCGGAUCGCAUUUCCGAAAACUUUGAUAUCUUUGAUUUUGUCCUGGAUCAAGAUGAUAUGGAAACCUUGGAUAAUCUGGAUAACGGGUCGACGGGUGCUGUAUUCAAAAUGAAUGUAGACUAG